AUGACCCAUUACACCUCCCGCUCCCGUUCGCCAUCGCCUCACGCUAAGCGCCGCCGCGAUGACAGAUACGAUCCCAGAGACGUACGUUCCACUCCCUCAUCCUUCUCGUGUUGAUGCCUAAUGUUUACCUCUUACUUUUAUUUAGCGGAGAGAUUACAGGGACCGCCGUGGUGACAGGCCCACUGGAAGAAGGCGCGAUGACUAUUACGAUUCGUGGGAUAGGAGCCGUGACAGGGACGAUAGAGAUAGGGAUAGAGAUAGGGCGAGAGAUAGGUCACGAGGUGGGGAGAGGGACAAAGACAGAGACAGGGACAGAGACAGAGAUAGAGAUAGAGAUAGGGACAGAGAUAGGGACAGAGACAGAGACAGAGACAGAGACAGAGACAGAGACAGGGACAGAGAUAGGGAUAGGGAUAGAGACCGAAGGCGCUCGAGGUCUAGGGAUAGGCCUAGACGUGCGGAUAAGGAUAGGGAAAGAGAUCGGGAUAGCCGACGGGACCGGGAAGAUGAUCGCAGGGGGGAUUCACGGGCAAAAGAUGUGAGAUCAAGAAUACCUUAUCCACCGGUACCCAGUGGGCAACUUAUUUACAACGGCUGAUGAGAAACAGGCUACUCCCCCGCCGACUGCUAUAUCUGAGGAGGAAAAGAUACGGCAGCGCCAGGAGCGCCUGGAAGCGUGGAAGCGCAAACGAGCCGAGGAGGAGGAGGCGAAAAAGAAAGCUUCUCCUGCGGCGCUGAUAUCAUCGUUGGAAAGGCAGCCUGCCUCUGGAAUAGUGUCCCCUAUCGCUGGUUCAAAGGCCGCGGUGGAGCAGACCCCAAAGUCUGUUGUUGGAAUUGUACCACCAUCGUCCGCCUCCACUUCUAGCUCCGCUGCUGCCCGUCCAAAAGCUGACAAAAGUCUAUCAGCAUCCAUCAAACCGUCGUUGGGUACGUAUACCCGCUGGGCUCCCAAUUUAAUGCCGCUGGGCCCGUCGCUAAUCUGGUGGGCAGUAUCCACAAACGGCUCCGUAUUGCCUACGAAUCGGCCGGUGUCCGCGUUUGGGUUUGAAGGCACGAAGAAGCCUGUGGCUGCAGGAGGAAAGAGAAAUCUUGAUUUUGGUGAGGAAGAGUCUUCCCGGAAGAAGCUUGAGCGUUUGCCCUCACCACUUCCCAAUCAGCCUGGACAGGAUGGCGUCCAAGAAGACGUUGACGACGAUACCGAAAUGCAGGACGCUACCGAAGAGGAGACCGCCGCUGCUGCUAGGGCGGCCGCAGCGCAACGGAGCGAGCGCAAUGAGGCGGAGAGAGUCCGGCAGGAGGCCAUGGAGCUCGACAAGGAGAACGCGGAGGACGAGGAGGCUGACCCCCUCGACGCUUUCAUGGUUGGGAUUGGGGAAAAGAUGAGCAAGACAGAAGAAGAGAGUAUCGGCAAGUCUCAAGUCGAGAGUAAAGACGAAACGCUUUUUGAUGAUGAUGAUGGCUUAAACAUUGUUUCAACAGAAGCUGAUCCAGAUGAUAUAUUGGCGAUGGCCGCUAAGCUAAAAAAGAGAAAGGAACUGCCGACAAUUGAUCAUUCGAAAGUCAGAUACGAUUCCUUCCGGAAGAGCUUUUAUGUCGAACCCGCCGAGCUUGCCGACAUGACUGAGGCCGAAGUUGACGAGCUCCGUCUGGAAUUGGACGGCAUCAAAAUCCGUGGACAAGACUGCCCCAAGCCGGUCCAGAAAUGGAGUCAGUGUGGACUUCCGGCACAGACUUUGAGUGUUAUCCGACAACUUAAUUACGAGAAACCAACAUCUAUUCAGGCACAGGCUAUCCCAGCUAUCAUGUCGGGUAGAAAUGUGAUCGGCGUUGCAAAGACCGGGUCUGGAAAAACCAUUGCAUUCCUCUUGCCUAUGUUCCGUCACAUUAAAGACCAGCCUCCAUUGGAAUCACAGGAAGGCCCCAUCUCUUUAAUUAUGACCCCCACGAGAGAACUUGCUGUUCAGAUUUUCAAGGAAUGUAAACCAUUUUUGAAGGCAUUGAAUCUUAGAGUAGGUCGUCCUUGCACUCCAAAACUUUGUGAAUCAACUAAUAUCCGGCAGGCUGUAUGUGCCUAUGGUGGUUCACCCAUUAAAGAUCAGAUUGCCGACCUUAAACGUGGAGCAGAAAUCAUCGUAUGCACGCCCGGUAGAAUGAUCGAUCUUUUAGCAGCAAAUUCAGGCCGAGUCACCAAUUUGAAACGUGUCACGUACAUCGUUUUGGACGAAGCGGAUCGCAUGUUCGACAUGGGAUUCGAGCCUCAAGUAAUGAAGAUUAUCAGCAAUGUCCGCCCUGAUAGACAAACGGUCCUGUUUUCCGCCACUUUUCCCCGUAAUGUGAGUUGUCCCCUCGCUAGCUUCGAGAGCUGUGCUAAUGGCAUCACAGAUGGAAGCGCUUGCUCGUAAAGUAUUGCAGCGACCUGUUGAGAUAGUAGUAGGUGCGCGUAGCGUUGUAGCUCCCGAAGUCACCCAAAUAGUCGAAGUUCGGGCCGACGAUGCUAAAUUUCAUCGUCUCCUAGAGCUUCUCGGAGAGCUGUAUGAUAAGGACGAUGAUGCCCGAACAUUGAUAUUUGUGGACAGACAGGAAUCUGCCGACUCGCUAUUACGGGACUUGAUGCGGCGUGGAUACCCUUGCAUGUCUAUCCAUGGCGGGAAAGACCAGAUUGAUAGGGAUUCUACAAUUUCGGAUUUCAAGAACGGUGUGAUCCCUGUCUUAAUCGCUACUUCGGUUGCGGCGAGAGGUUUGGACGUCAAACAGUUGAAGUUGGUGGUUAACUACGAUUGCCCAAAUCACAUGGAGGAUUAUGUCCAUCGUGUCGGGAGAACUGGACGUGCUGGGAAUACCGGCACGGCGGUUACUUUCAUCACUGAAGAGCAGGAUCGAUACGCAGUUGACAUUGCAAAGGCUUUAAGGCAGAGUGGCCAGAAGGUUCCGGAGCCUGUCCAGAAACUCGUCGAUGGUAUGCGGUUUAAGCUAUUUCCCACCCCAUCGCUAUCGCUCCUUAUGGUACUGAUUGGCAUACAGAUUUCAACGAGAAAGUCAAAGCGGGCAAAGAAAAGGCUAGCGGCUCGGGUUUCGGUGGAAAGGGUUUGGAAAAGCUAGAUCAAGAGCGAGAUCUCGCCCGUCGUCGUGAGCGCAAGCAAUUCGCAGAAGAAGGCGAUGAGGCAGCCGAAGAGGUUACCGAGGGCGCCGACGACAUCUCUAAGGCUGCAACCCCGGUUACUGCGGCCUCUGCCAAGAAGGUCCCCACAGGUCCUGCAGUUGACCUGGCUGAUAAUAUUGUCGUUCACAAGCGAGGAACCUCCAAUGCUGAUCCCCUGGACAGGGUGAAACAGGCUGCGUCUGUGGUUCGCUCGCGUCUUAACGAAGCCGAGAGGCUACGCACGGGUGUUCCAAUUGACAACAAGGGACCGGACGCGGGAGCCUAUCACGCAACUUUGGAGAUCAACGACUUUCCCCGUAGGUCUUCCGCUCAAUAUAUAUAUAGCCCUUCUUCCGUGCAUAUGAACGUCACGCUAACACACGUACAGAAAAAGCACGUUGGGCCGUCACUAAUCGCACCAACAUCGCAAAAGUGCUGGAAGCUACAGGCACCUCCAUCACUACCAAGGGCAGUUAUUAUCCCACCGGGAAAUCCCCCCAGCCAGGGCAAGAUCCCAAGCUCUACAUUCUUGUUGAAGGCGAUACGGAGCUUGUAGUCACCAAUGCUAUGAGGGAACUGAAGCGACUGCUAGCGGAGGGAACUGCUGCUGCUGUGGACAGUGAAAGCAGAGCUGCACCGAGCUCGAGGUACAGUGUUUUGUGAACACUUGACAGCGUUCCCGGACGGUGUGGGGAAAAUAAUAAGAGGUCGGCAUAGGCUCUCCUUGUUCAUUUGUAGAUUUUGUUAUAGUUCCCUUCUCUGUCCCUCCGUCCCUCUGUUCUGCACCGAAAUUACCGUAUAGUCUGCCUUACUUGCGCCAUAGCUAGCUACCGUAGUUUCAAGGGGAAAAAAACAAAAAACGAGUGCGUUUCCGGAUGUUUACGAUACAAGAUGGGAAUGAAAACCCUUAAUGCUGUAAUCAAUUCUAUAUCCCUCACGCAC